AUGCCUACAACAUCUUUUCUUCUAUUACUAGCGCUAUACUCGGUAAAGGCACUUCCCGCACCUACAUCCUGCAAUAAGUUUCAAUUUGAUUGUGAAACAACCAGUGAUUCAAAUCGAUGUAUCCCAUUGGAAUUUUUAUGUGAUGGCGUAAAGGACUGCAAAAAUGGCUUGGACGAAACCCGCUGCUCCUACCCGCGCAACAAUUGCGAACCAGGAGACUUCAUAUGCCGAUCGGGUGAAUGCGUUUCGGGAACGUUUAAAUGCGACGGGGAGGUGGAUUGCCUCGAAGGCGAAGAUGAGGGAAGUUGUGAUUAUUCUAACAGAACAACUACAUCAAUAAGGGAUUUCAGUGUGAUGAAAAACCGUUUUGAGUUCCAAAGUCACAAACUCAGCUCUUGUGGACCUGGUACGUUUCUGUGCGCCGACCAUGCGAAGUGCGUCUCGAUUGAUUGGGUUUGUGACGGCGAGAAGGAUUGUCCGGAUGGAAGCGAUGAAACAGGAUGCGAAUUGUCUGUAGAUGACUCUUUAGCUGAAAAUGUGACUGAACUAUUUGAGGCUGGAGAGCACAGGUCUAACGGGGGCUUUUUGAUGCUACAUAUUGCUCUCAUUCUCAAUCUUUCUUAG